UAGGAGAGGAGGGAGGAGACAAGGAGACCUCUCUUAGAUUUAGGAGAGGAGGGAGGAGACGAGUACACCUCUCCUAGAGUUAGGAAAGGAGGGAGGAGACGAGGAGACCUCUCUUAGAUUUAGGAGAGGAGACGCCGAGACCUCUGCUAGAGUUAGGAGAGGAGGGAGGAGACGAGGAGACAGCACUGCACGUUUUUGCAGGUGAGAUUUCCAUUAAUAUUGGUCCUCUUGUUGUCUCUGUGUGCAUGUGUGUGUGUGUGUGUGUGUGCGUGUGUGCGUGUGUGUGUGUGUGUGUAUGUGUGUGUGCGUGUGUGUGCAUGUGUGUGUUAAACACAGAAUCAUCCCUCCUCUAAUCUCUUUAUCCUCGUCAGGGUGACAGAGGAGACCGGAUCCUCCAAACAAACACUCCUUCACCUCCUCAUCCCUCCAUCUUUUCCACUUUUUCCCCCUUCACACUUCAGACUUAACGGGAACUCAGAGCGGCAGUGUUUGGUUUAAAGGUCGGGAACAAACACAAGCGAUACGUUUGAUGGACAGUUGAUGGAUCUAGGCCACGUAACAAAGGGACGGAUUAUCAGCUGACAGGAAGUCAGGCAAAAGAAUACAUCCAUGGCUAAGGUAGUUCCAUUAGUCCCCUCCCCCAUCACCAGAUUAAGUCCACCCAAAAUAAUUCUACUAGACAUGGAGGAGGAGCCAGGUGAAGACAGCGAUGAAGACCGGGUUGCUCAGAGAGACGAGCCAGGAGUUCUGUUCAACGUCAAUAACAGCAAUAACAACAAAGAAGAGGAUAAAAAGCAGAAAAAGAAAGAGAAGAAAGAAAGAAAAGAGAAGAAAGAGAAGGAGAGGCAGGAGAAGAAGGAGAGAAAGGAGAAGAAACAGAAGGAGAAAGAAGAGAAGGAGAAGGAGAAGAAGGCCAUAGAGGAGGCUCCCAAGGAGAUCACAGUGAUUGAUCCGGCAGGUAACACCUACUACCACUGGCUGUUUAUAAUCACCAUCCCCGUCAUGUACAACUGGACCCUGAUCAUUGCCAGGGCAUGUUUCGAGGAGCUACAGACGGACUAUAUUGUCUUCUGGUUCAUUAUGGAUUUUUUCUCUGACCUCGUCUAUAUCGCUGACAUGAUCUUCAGAACCAGGACUGGUUACCUGGAGCAGGGUCUGCUGGUAAAGGACGAGCAGAAGCUGCGUGAGCGUUACCUGCAAAGCUUCCAGUUCAAACUGGACAUGGCCUCCAUGGUUCCCACCGACCUGCUGUACUCGAUCCUGGGCCUCAAGUACCCGGAGAUCCGGCUCAAUAAGCUCCUUAGGUUCAACAGGAUGCUUGAGUUCUUUCAGAGGACAGAGACCAGGACUAACUACCCCAACGCCCUCCGUAUCUCCAACCUGGUCAUGUACAUCGUCAUCAUCAUCCACUGGAACGCUUGCCUCUACUACUCCUUCUCCAAGGCCAUCGGUUUCGGUGCAGACAGGUUUGUGUAUCCCGACCCGGCAGAUCCAGAGUUUGGGCGCCUGGUGAGGAAGUACGCUUACAGUAUGUACUGGUCCACCCUGACGCUCACCACCAUCGGAGAAACUCCGCCCCCUGUGGAGAACUCGGAGUACUUCUUUGUCGUUACUGACUUCCUGGUGGGCGUGCUGAUCUUUGCAACCAUUGUCGGUAAUGUUGGUUCAAUGAUCACAAACAUGAACGCCGCCAGAGCCAACUUCCAGGCUCGCAUUGAUGCCAUCAAACAGUACAUGAGCUUCAGAAAGGUUACCAAGGACCUGGAGAAGCGAGUGAUCAAGUGGUUUGACUUCCUGUGGACCAAUAAGAAAGCGGUGGAUGAGAGGGAGGUGUUGAAGUUCCUGCCUGACAAGCUGAGAGCUGAGAUCGCCAUCAACGUCCAUCUGGACACGCUGAAGAAGGUUCGUAUCUUUGCGGACUGCGAGGCCGGCCUUCUGGUGGAGCUGGUGCUGAAGCUGCAGCCUCAGGUGUACAGUCCAGGUGACUACAUCUGUAAGAAGGGCGACAUCGGCAGAGAGAUGUACAUCAUCAAGGAGGGGAAACUGGCUGUCGUUGCUGACGACGGAAUCAAACAGUUUGUGGUCCUAAGUGACGGGAGCUACUUUGGAGAGAUUAGCAUCCUGGCUAUCAAAGGAAGUAAGGCAGGAAACAGGAGGACGGCUAACAUCAGGAGCAUCGGUUACUCUGACCUCUUCUGUCUUUCCAAAGAUGACCUGAUGGAGGCGCUAACAGAAUACCCUGAUGCUAAAGCGCUGCUGGAGGAGAAGGGAAGACAGAUUCUGAUGAAGGACGGGCUUCUGGACUUGGAGGUGGCAGCGCAGGGCCCCGACCCCAAAGAGAUGGAGGAGAAGGUGGAGCGGAUGACGGGCACGUUGGACGUCCUGCAAACUCGUUACGCUCGGCUGCUGGCCGAACACGAGGCCACUCACAGCAAACUAAAACAUCGAGUCGCGCGGCUCGAAAAGAAGCUGGUGCCACAGAGUGAAGCUCCGCCCCCUCAAACACCGUAACAAAGACAACUAAAGAAGAAGAAGAGGGGAAGUAGAGUGAAAACAAAGAGGAGAAGGAGGGACAGGACAGGGAGGUUUGAUUUGAUAUUCCCUCAGGUUUACCGUCCCAAACAGGAGGGUCACAUUUCUUGAAUCUAAAUAUGAGAUUUCUUUCAGGUGAAUCAUUCUUUGCUAAUUUAUUUCAGCAGAAAAUGCCCCAAUUAAAGGAAUAAUCUGCAACUUUCAGAGUAGACGUCCAGUAGAUGUCGCCCUUUAGCGACCUGUCUCCCAAACCAAAACAAAGCUUCUCUUUGGCCACGCCUCCUCUGUCCCUCAGCUCCCUCCCUUUGUGUUAGGUUUAGCCGAGUGGGGACGUCUGUAGGUGUCUUCAGAUAUGCAGCCUUAAGUUGAUUUGGUCGUCAUCUGGUUAUAAAGCCUGGAUCCUUCAGUUGUACUCCUGACGACACUCUACGCCUCUGAGAACAGCGUCCCUGAGUGGGCGGGGCCGUCUCUCUCUUCCUCCGUGUGGGGGCAGGGCUAACGGGUAGAGAGGGAGGAGUUUAAGUGAAAUAAACAUGUAUGAAAAAAUGUUUGAUCCUCUGAGUGAAACAUGAACUUGCUGAAGUUAAGCCCCGUCUCAUCAGUGUGAACACAGCGCUAAGAACAACAAACUCAGGGGGAGUUGGACUUCA